AGCCGUAAGCGGACACGCGUCUGUCCACAUCGGUGGUCAUUACAGCAAGGAUUAGGAUUGAUCGUGCUUAUUAGCAACCGACGCUUUGCAUGGUUUGAUUAUAAGCAGCGAUUAGCCUAACCUUAAAAUUUAACCUAAAAAACGCGCAAAAUUUAACCGCAUUUCUUAUAAAGAGUUAUGUAUUAAGAGUUGCCUACUUAAUUUUAAAUCGGUAAUUACCCGGGAAUUUAACAACAAAAUGCCACCACAGGAGACAUACACGUGCCCAGCGGAGCAAUCCUCGACGCAUGCAACGCCAAUGCACAGUCCAACUCACCCCAAUUUGGAGAAUGUACAACCACCCAGUUUGAGAUCCGAUAAGUUGGGAGAAGGUUAUGUGAAUGAUGCUUUCGUCGGAGGACAAGCAGAUGCAAAGAGUAUUACUUCAUGCACUGAUGUGCAAUCUGUUAAUAAUGGUCAAGAUGGCGAUAAGGAUGCGUUUGAUUUUGAUGAUCUUUUACCGCAUAUUGGCGAAUUCGGACGUUACCAAAUCGCGCUCUUUUUCUUGAUGAUUCCUUUCGCGUGUUUCGUCGCCUGGGUUUACUUCACGCAGAUUUUCAUCACGCUAGCGCCAGAACAACACUGGUGUUGGGUGCCGGAACUAGCAAACCUCACAAAAGGACAAAGAAUGCACUUAGCCAUACCGAAAACUAAUGACGUACACGAUCGUUGUCGAAUGUACGCUGUGAAUUACACAGAAGUUCUGCAACAAGGACUUGCCGAACCGGAUCCAACAUGGCCGACGGUCGGAUGUCGCAAUGGCUGGGAAUAUAACUACACAGAUGUACCAUAUGCAACUAUUGCAUCUGAAUUGGAUUGGGUUUGUGAUAACGAUUCACUACCCACAAUCGCACAAGCCGUGUUUUUCUGCGGUGCCAUCCUAGGCGGUUUGGUUUUCGGCUGGAUCGCUGACCGUCAGGGCCGGGUCGCCGCCCUCGUGGGUACCAAUUUCGUCGGCGGCGUUGCCGGAGUCGCCACCGCUUACUGCGGAACAUUUACUGCAUUCUGCAUCUGUAGAUUCUUCGUUGGAAUGGCGUUUGACAACUGUUUUACCAUGAUGUAUAUUUUAGUAUUGGAAUAUGUUGGACCAAAAUGGCGGACGUUUGUUGCCAACAUGUCAAUCGCCAUCUUUUUCACCGCUGCGUCAACGGUAUUGCCAUGGAUUGCUUUGUGGAUCUCCGACUGGCGUUUGUUGUGUAUUGUUACAUCAACUCCUCUUUUCAUUGCUUUGUUGACUCCAUGGGUAGUGCCCGAAAGUGCUCGUUGGUUAGCUUCGCAAGGAAAAAUUGACAAAGCUAUUGGCAUUCUACGUAAAUUUGAAAGGAUCAACAAACGCUCUGUUGACGAAAAGCUCUACAAUCAAUUCACUGCGAGUUGUUUGAAAUCACAAAAGGAAGAAGAGGCAGCCCAAAGGUCUUAUUCAGUAUUGGAUCUGUUUAAAACACCGCGCCUGCGCAGAAUUACUAUUUUACUGAUUUUUAUCUGGAUGGCAAUUUCUUUGGUUUUUGAUGGUCAUGUGAGAAACGUUGGAAGUUUAGGUCUGGAUGUUUUCUUGACUUUCUCAAUUGCGUCUUUCACUGAAUUCCCAGCGGAUACUUUCCUAACCUUUACUCUUGACAAAUGGGGUAGAAGAUGGUUAGCGUGUGGAUCUAUGGUAUUAAGUGGAGUGUUCAGUUGGCUCGCCAUUGCAGUACCAUUAGGUAUUACUUCUGCAUCGAUGGCCAUUAUCGGACGUUUCGCUGUUAAUCUUUCCUACAACAUCGGAUUGCAAUAUGCUGCUGAAUUAUUACCGACCGUGGUAAGGGCACAAGGUGUAGCUUUGAUCCAUAUUAUGGGUUAUGUUGCCAGCAUUGUUGCUCCGUUCGUAGUUUACUUGGAAAAAUUCGAUGCUUCUCUACCGUUGUUCAUUCUCGGCUUGAUUGGAAUCAUCGGAGGGUUGCUUUCACUCUUUCUACCUGAAACUCUGGAUCAAGAACUACCACAAACUCUGCAGGAUGGUGAAGAAUUCGGAAAAGAUCAGAAAUUCUUAUCUUUCCCAUGCAUUAGACCUAAACCUAGUGCAGUUGAACCACGAGAAUAUUUCCGCCGCACCACAUCCGUUCGAGUUUCAACCUCAGCUUCGACACGUGGCGCCAUUCGAUCCUCGAUGAUCCAACGAACAAACUCGACUAGAUCCCGCCGCUCCUGCAAAGAAUCCAACAGUGAAUUGGCGUAACUUAACCUCAAUUAAGGAUCAGCCGUUGAUUUGUGUGAUUUAGUCGGAUUUCUAGCUGAAUUUGUGUUGCUGCGCUCGUUGAGCAUGAUCCUUGAUCAUCCAUGAUCUCGUCGGUGGUUGGUCGGCCAUUUGCUGUAUGAGACAUCCACCAGGUCAUUGCAAAAUGGCGGUCGCACGCGUUUUUGUUUUUAGUAAAGCUUCUCGUCUGUGGUAUUCAACGUGCGCGCCACCGUUUUGAUUUUUGUACAUAUACAGUGUGUCUAGUGUGUUGCAUCCAGUAAUUAUUUGUCUUAUUUAAUAUCCAAUGUUAAUUAUUUUGUAUUUUGUGACUCCAUCAGCGGAAUCGUUUACUUUAAAAGUGAUUGCAUAAAUAAACUAGGUGAAAUAAG